GGGCCGCGCCAGGGUCCGGAUCGGGGCCGCAGCCAUGAGCGCCCGGGCCACCUCGUACCGCCGCGCCUUCGGGCCGCCGCCGCUGCUCUCGCCGGGCUCCUACUCCUACUCCUCCGCCUCCGGCUCGUCCCGCCUGUCCGCCGCGCGCCUGCUGGGCUCGCCGGGCCCGGGGCGCCCCGCGCAGUGGGUGCGCGGCUCGCUGCGCGCCGCGCAACCGGCCCGCCUGGCCCCGGGCGCCGAGCGGCUGGACUGGGCGCUGGCCGAGGCGCUGAACCGCGAGUUCCUGGCCACCCGCGGCAACGAGAAGGCGGAGCUGCAGGAGCUCAACGACCGCUUCGCCAGCUUCAUCGAGAAGGUGCGCGCCCUGGAGACGCACAACGCGGCGCUGCGCGCCCAGCUGGGCCAGGCGCAGGCCCGCGAGCCCGCGCGCGCCGCCGACCUGUGCCAGGACGAGCUGCGGGACCUGCGGCGCCAGGUGGAGCUGCUGGGCCAGGAGCGCGACCGCGCGCAGGUGGAGCGGGACAACCUGGCCGAGGACCUGGCCGCGCUCAAGCAGAGGCUGGAGGAGGAGAUACACAGGCGUGAGGAUGCAGAGAACAACCUGGUGCUGUUCCGGAAGGACGUGGACGACGCCACCCUCUCCCGCCUGGAGCUGGAACGCAAGAUCGAGUCGCUGAUGGACGAGAUCGAGUUCCUGAAGAAGCUGCACGAGGAGGAGCUGCGUGACCUGCAGGUGAGCGUUCAAAGCCAGCAGGUGCAGGUGGAGAUGGAGACGGUCAAGCCGGACCUGACGGCCGCGCUGCGUGACAUCCGCACCCAGUACGAGAGCAUCGCGGUGAAGAACCUGCAGGAGUCCGAGGAGUGGUACAAGUCCAAGUUUGCUGACCUGUCGGACGCGGCCAACCGGAACCACGAGGCGCUGCGCCAGGCCAAGCAGGAGAUGAACGAGUCCCGGAGGCAGAUCCAGAGCCUGACCUGCGAGGUGGACGGGCUGAAGGGAACCAAUGAGGCGCUGCUGCGCCAGAUGCGGCAGCUGGAGGACCAGUACGGGGUGGAGGUCGGCAGCUACCAGGACGCGGUGGGGCGGCUGGAGCAGGAGAUCCAGCACCUGAAGGAGGAGAUGGCGCGGCACCUGCGUGAGUACCAGGACCUGCUCAACGUCAAGAUGGCGCUGGACAUCGAGAUCGCCACCUACCGCAAGCUGCUGGAGGGCGAGGAGAACAGGAUCACGAUCCCCAUCCACUCGCUGGCCUCCCUCAGCAUGAAAACAUCGGUGCCUGAGCCGGAGCAGACCAUGGAGAGCCACACCAGGAAAAUGGUUCUGAUCAAAACCAUUGAGACCCGGAAUGGAGAGGUGGUGACUGAGUCGAGGAAGGAGCAGAGAAGUGAGCUGGACAAGUGAUCCCGGCGCCAGGCCUCUGCCCUGGACCCAGGCGAUGGCGUGAAACUGCGAGACCCCUGCUGCAGCCCCCCACCUGCUCCUAGCCACACUGGCCUUAGUACUACUGAUACCUCUGCCGCCCUGCCCAGCCCUCCCAGCCCGCCCACCCUCGUGCUCCCGGAGGGGGGAGCUCAGCCGUUCCCGCUCACAGCCCAGGGCAGCAGCUCCCACCGGGAAAGGAGUGAGGGGGGCCUGCCUCCUGCUCCCCCAUCCCUUUGCCCCUCUCACCACAGGCCAUUUCCUCUGGCCCUCCCCUGUCCUAUCCCUUGGAUCUGACCUGGCUGCUUUUCCUGCCCCGCCUCAGCCCCAGCUCUGCCUUGGGGGGCAGGGGGGAGUGACCUUCCCAGACUACAUGUACUGAGCUGGCAAAGCAGCAUCCUGGCUCCCGCUCCAGCCGCUGCCCAUGUUCUGCCCACACAAACCCUGAGCCCAGUCACCAGAUCCGGUCCCGCUGCUCAAUCCCACCAUGAUUCCCACUCCCAAGUCAGAGCCCCUGACCGAGUUUGGUACCAAAGAGGAAUCUGAUGCUGAAGCUGAUUCCAGAGAGGAGCUGUCCUGGGUCUGAGAUCAAUCCUGAACUCCGGAGGGAUGCUACCUCCCACCAGCUGUUCUCAGGGCUGACAUGGUUCCUGAUGAGAGUACUAGGCUCAGUGCUGUACCAGAGACUCCUGUUUCUGAGUGUGAGACCAAUGUCUGAUACCACGGUCUGACACGGUGUCUGUUCCCAGUACGGGGUGGGGCCAGGCCCCCAAUUUCUGACACUGAUCAGGCCAGAAGGUGCAUUUUAGUACAGACACCAAUGGCUGCGACUACUGACCACUGUUGGAUUUCUAGCCCGAGUGCGCUCAACCCGGAUUCCUGCUCCCCCGGUAAAAUCCCAGUACAAAUGGCUGAUGCUGAGGCAGUUCCUAGUCCCGCUACUGUCUCUUUCCAAUGCUGCUGAAUCUCCGUCUCGAUUCUCAUUCGUGCUGCUGAGUAGUAGCUGGGAGUGAUCCCUUUCCUAAGGUUCUCACCAUUUUUAACACCCGGUCCUGCUGCCUGCUCCUGACGCUGAUUUCUGCUUUGAUCCCAAAUCCCAGCCCUGAAAGGGAUAAGUGUGUCAGGUGCUGCACAACAGUGCUGAGUGAGACAAGGGGGGUGAGCUAAUGCCUGUUAUGGGACCAACUUCUGUGGGUGGAAGAGACGAGCAGUUGGUCCAAGAAAAGAGAUUAGCUCCUCCACCUUGUCUCUGGUAUCCAGGGCCCAUCCUGGCCGCAACCCUGCAACUGGCAAUAGUGACUGUCCAGUGCAGUCCCUGAUGGUGAAUCCUUCCCUAAGGAGCCCUGCUGGGGCACUGAGGCUCAGUUCUCAUUUUCAUACGGAUCCCUGCCUGCCUGGUAGCACUGGUGCCUCUCUUUGAUUUCAGACACGUUUUUUUAGUUCUCCUGCCCUGACAUGGGAGAGUUUCUUCUCGCCAUUUUCAGCA